GUCUCCUACUACGACAUCGUUUGACUACGUCAAGCGCAUAUUUCCUCCAAAAGGUCUUAUUUCCGAUUUGCUCGCAUACCCUUCACUCUUGGAUAGAAAAACAGGAAGCCAUGGCUACUUCAUUGGCUGCAAUGACGGCGCGCCGAGCUGUAACCUUCGCUCGGUUAUCAUCUCCCGGUUCAGCCGCUAGAUCUGCCUCUCUGAUUCCACGCCGUGGCCUCGCUGGCGCCGCUGAUCACCAUGGGCCAGCUAAGGUUGAUUGCUGGAAAGACCCGAUGAGUCCGUCCAAGUGGAAGGAGGAGCACUUCGUGAUUGUCUCUUUAUCUGGCUGGGGUUUGCUUAUCUUUGGAGGGUACAAGUUCUUCACUGGGGGCAAGAAGAACAAUGAAGAGAAACUGGUGGAAGCAACACACUAGGGCGUGGAUUUUAAACGUCGUGAGAAACUUUUUUCUUCUAAUAUGUUCAACUCACAUUUGUGUUCCGAUUUUGUUGUAUGGGGACAGUUUGCCUGUUUCCAGUCAAUUUGAAUGAUCAUUUGAAUGCCCUGUUCGGGUUAUGGCUGUGAAAGAUGCUACUUUGCCUGGUCAUUGCAUUUUCAUCUUUCGAUUCACUUUGCAUAAUGUUGUCUUAAUAAUGUAAAACAAUGAACAUCAUCACCAUGUGAUCCUUCUCUUCGGUUUUGAAUUCAUUUUUCUUAACAAUAAAUGAUGCACAUUGCCUAUA